CCACUGACUCUCACUCACUUUCCUUCGCUUUCCCGGGGAAAAAAAACAAGAGGAGACGAAAGGAAAAGAAAGGAUGUCGUCGGACUUCGGGAAAGAAAGGAUGUCGUCGGACUUCGGGAGCUCCAACAAGAUCCGCCGCAUUGUGACGAUCCGGCAGAUGCUGCGGCGCUGGCGCAGGAAGGCCGCCCAGGCGUCGACGGCGCCGCCCCCCGACGUCCCGGCGGGGCACGUGGCCGUGCUCGUGGGGGGCGGGUGCAGGAGGUACGUGGUGCCCGCGACGUACCUGAACCACCCAGUCUUCAGGCGGCUCCUCUCGCGCGCCGAGGAGGAGUACGGGUUCGCGAACCACGGCCCGCUCGCGAUCCCCUGCGACGAGGCGGCGUUCGAGGAGAUCCUCCGGACCGUGUCCCGGCCCGAGGAGCUCCAAAGGUGUUGCCACGCUGGAUUCCGGAGUGGGCCCCAGGGCAUCUUGAGCGAGUCGAGGCCGCUGCUCAACGGCGUCGCGGAUUGAGGUUGGAGUUCCCGAGAUGCGCGUGGGCUGAAUUUUUCUCGACGAUUUCUAUUUUCCUUUUUGAUUUUUUUUUUUGUGUUUUAAUAUUCCCCCUUUUCUUUUUCUUUUUACCUUUUACUUUUUUUAGUAGGAUGGGCUUGUUGAGUAAUUUUAUUUCUUCAUCAGAAGCUCUAGUAGGAUUAGUUGGUGGUCAACGUCUGUUGUAUAUUCAGUGGUUGACUAAUUGUAGGAAAUCUCGGAGAAUAUCGAAUUAGUUGAAAGAAUGAAAAUUAUUAUGUUUUAACCAAAGUUUGUCGUGUUCAUAA